UUACAUGUACGUACGUACGUACAUACGUAUGUAUAUCAGUGGCCCAGCCCCUUCUAACUCAAUGAUCACUUCGCUAAGUCAUUCAAAGAGUUAACAUCUUCGACUCUCAUUGAAGUCCUGAAGAUGCCAGAAGAAUUACGUUUCGAUGGUCGUGUGGUGAUUGUCACCGGUGCUGGAGCAGGCCUGGGAAGAGCGUACGCUCUUCUCUUUGGUUCCAGAGGUGCCAAUGUCGUAGUAAACGACCUGGGUGGUGGCCGUCACGGAGAUGGAAGUAGCUCCAAGGUUGCUGAUUCUGUCGUCCAUGAGAUCCGGCAGAAUGGAGGCAAAGCUGUUGCCAAUUAUGAUUCUGUCACCGAUGGUGAGAAAAUUGUAGCUACGGCUAUUAGGGCAUUUGGACGAAUUGACGUUAUAGUGAACAAUGCCGGUAUACUGCGUGACAAAUCUUUUGCUAAAUUAACAGACCAAGACUGGGACUUGAUUCAUAACGUCCACGUUAAGGGUGUCUUCAAAACUACGCAAGCUGCGUGGCCGUAUUUCAAAAAGCAAAAAUAUGGUCGCAUUAUUGUAACAUCCAGUAAUAGCGGACUGUAUGGAAAUUUUGGACAGGCCAACUACAGUGCUGCCAAAAUGAGCCUGGUUGGAUUGGCUAAUACCUUAGCUAUCGAGGGAAAAAGUUCUAAUAUUUACACUAAUAUAAUCGUCCCAACUGCAGCUUCGAGAUUGACCGAGGACAUUCUUCCACCAGAUUUUUUCAAUGAGCUAAAACCAGAGUUAGUUGCCCCGGUGGUUGUAUGGCUGUGUCAUGAAGACUCUACUGAGAAUGGUUCCAUCAUUGAGUCUGCCAUGGGCUGGGCUGGGAAAUGUCAUUUAGUACGAUCCCUUGGGAGUAAUUUAAGAACGAAAAUAACCGAUGUUGUUACCCCAGAAGAUGCUAGAAAUAAUUGGGACGAUGUUACAGACAUGAGCAAAGCCAAGCGUUGUGAAUCUAUUCAGGAAGCAUCCUUGGAACUGAUGACGGUAUUGAAAGUAUUAGAAAAUCCUUCACAGGAUCAAACUCAUGAAGCAGUGGCCAGAUACUCCUACACCAGUCGCGACACUAUCAUCUAUGCUUUAGGAAUCGGAGCUACGAAAGAAAAUCCCACAGACAUGAUGUAUCUGUAUGAAAAUCAUCCGAAGUUUUCCGCGGUACCAUCGUAUUAUGUUAUUUUUGGUCCAAUGACCAUGGUAAACAGUGAUAUACUUCAACGAGCCACUAAUGGAUUGAAUUUAGAUCCAGCCCAGGUCCUUCAUGGAGAACAGUAUCUCGAAGUUCAUAAGCAGAUACCUAUUGAGGCUACCGUUGAAACACGCUAUAAAGUUCUUGAUGUUCUUGACAAGGGGUCUGGAGCUCUGAUCAUUAUGCAAGGAGAUACAGUGGAUGUUGAGAGUGGUGAUUUGUUGGCCACUUCGCAAGUCUCCGUUUUUGCUAUUGGUUCAGGUGGGUUUGGGGGGCCAAGAAAUUCUCGUAGUCUCAUUCCAACAAUACCGGUGCCCGACAGAAAACCGGACAUUUCAAGAAUUCAAAAGACUUCCAUUGACCAGGCAAUUGUGUAUCGUUUGAGCGGUGAUUUUAAUCCUCUGCAUGUAGAUGAGACCAUUUCAUCAAUCGGAGGAUUCGAGCAGCCAAUUUUGCACGGUCUCUCCUCUCUUGGAUUUUCUACACGACACAUCAUCGAUACUUACGCUUAUGAAAGUCCGGAAUUGUUCAAAGCAUUAAAGGUUCGUUUUUCCAAACCAGUCAUACCGGGGCAAACGUUGAGAACUGACAUGUGGCGAGAGGGAAACAGAAUUCACUUUGAGACAACAGUUAUAGAAAAUAAAAACAAAGUUAUUUCAGGUGGCUUUAUAGAUUUGAAAGGCAUUAAAAUGCAGCCCAUUCAACCCGCCGUGUGCUCAGCUGAAGAGAUCUUAGAAUGUGAUGCAGUCUUUGCAGCAAUAAGUGAUUAUGUUAAAACACAUCCAGACCAAGCAAAGAAAAUCAAUGGUGUAUUUGUUUACAACAUAACCAGCUCCGGGGCAGCGAAAGGACAGUGGACUCUUGAUUUGAAAAAAGGGGAAGUAUACAAAGGUGAUUUAAAAUCUGGUAAGGCUGACACAACAUUGACGGUGGAAGACUCUGAUAUGGUUGAUAUUGCUCUGGGUAAAUUGAAUCCCCAAGUGGCCUUCAUGCGCGGGAAGCUCAAGAUCAAGGGGAACAUUAUGUUGACACAAAAACUGAAGGCGCUAAUGGAUGCUAAUAAAUCAAAAUUGUAAUAUUUUGUCAUAAUUUGUAGAUGAUGAUAUCACUUUCUCAAUGCCAAGGUGGUUCAUCCAGUCACCUGACCGCAAGCCAUAAUCAUGAUGGAGUGCAAUGCACUAUUUACCAACAAUAUCCCCCAACAUCGAACUAAGUUGGUUCAAGAAAUAGUUCGGCUAAUUACCAACUGCAUUCAAGUGUAUAUCAUCGAAACGAGGUCUACUUUGUCAUAGACUGUGAAGCUUGACCUCUGAUUUCCACUGUCGGUUUAACCGUUUCUACAUUUAUUCAAUGCUCAUGAUAGUCCAGAACCUUGAAUGGUAGAGAUAAUAUUAAACUUUGUUGAGUCAAAGUAUUUUAUGUUAGCUUUUGUUAGAUGAUUGUUUUUUAUUUUAUACACGUUAUACAAUUUUUUAAUCAUGAUCAACUGUUACUAGGUAUUUUAUAGGAGUAUUAUAUCAGUUGCAUCAAGGUAUUUGGUGGCGAUGGGCACAUUCUGGUGGGUCGAAUAAUUGUAUCACUUACCCGUAUAUUUUUUGUAAACGUUUCAUAAAUCUACCCUGCAUAUAAAA